UUAUUUUAUUUAACAGAAGAACAUGAAGAUACAAUGUUAGCACACUGAACAGCAUUAACAUACAACUUCUAAGGAAUGUUUCAAAGAAAAAGAGACUGAGAAGAAUGAAAACAUCAGUGGAGAAGUUCAGUUUCUGAUCUUCAGCAGUUUUGGUGGCAGCCAACAGCUCUUAAGUUGCUUUUCAUAUAUGUCUGCAGUUUGUUUUAAGUGUAAUAUUUAAACAGUGAGAAAUUUCUGAAUUCUUGACAAUACAGUAACAUGGUGAAAUCCCCCAUUAACUCUGCUAAACAACAUUAUUCUGGAACAUUUAGAUUAAUUAUUAAACAAUAAUAAAAUUCAGGGGGAAAGUGGAUGUAUAAGGAAAAAAUCCUUUGCUCAGGUGCACAUUUCUUUCCUUGAUCAGUGGCACUUCUCGCUUGUUUAGCAGCAAAACCUGGUACCUUGUGGUAGCUGUAGGGCUCAGGGAAUCCUUGCCCACCUGAACUUUGAGACUGACCAAACUGUGGUCAGAGGCAGUCCUGACCUGAUGUGUUCUACAUGUCCCAGCACAAUGAUGGUCUCUGGCAGCUCAGCAACUUCUCUGUGGCUCUCCCUGCAUGAUGAAAAGAGCAUUCGACUUCGCACAUAUGAGAUUGCUAUCGCAGUGAAGCAAAAGCAAGGCUUGUUCCUUCCUGUGUGUGGGCUGAGAAAACCCUAGGUCUUCUUGGUCAAACAGGUCAAAGGCUGUUUUUUCCACUCUGCUUAUGUAUGCCACAUGCUACAGCUGCAUGGAAUGACAUAUUUCAGGGUGAAGUCACAAAAAGAAGAGAUUGUAAGUAACCUUUAAAAGAGGAGCAUAUGAGGAUGCUUAACAGCUGCAUAACCCAACAGAACCAUUCCUCCAAUGACACAGUGCUGGACUCUUCAGAGAAGCUCCACACUGUUCUGAUUGUCCUGUACAUCAUCAACCUGGCUGGUGGCACCCUGGGGGUCAUCAUGAUGGCCCAGCUGUUGCUUCAAAGGAGAUCCCAGUCCGUGAUGACCAUUACGAUCACCAGCCUCCUGGUGCUGCACAGCUUCAUGCUCCUCAGCAUCCCCUUCCGCCUCAGCUACUACAUCUCGGGGGUGUGGAAAUUCGGGAGGUUUGCGUGUAGGCUGGCGAGCGCCAUCAUCUACCUGCACAUGUACGCCACCUUCGCCUUUUACGUGGCCAUCAUCAUCGCCCGCCUCCUCCGGCUGGAGUUUCGGAAGUGCUACACGGCGGCCUGGGCGGGGGCUGUCUGGCUGCUGGGAGCGCUGGUCAUCACGCCCGUUCUCCUCUCCUACUACGGCACCUCGAAGACGUACCGCUCCUCCGAGUGCUUCCAGUUCCACACGGAGCUGCAGGAGGCUCACAUGGUGAUCGCAAACUACUGCCUGGUUGGGGUUCUGGUGGCUGUGUGUGCCGUGCUCACCGGAAUCCAGCUGACUGUGAUCUACAGAGUAGCUGUGAAAUACUGGCCUGACAUUAACUCCCAUGUGGAAUUCAGGGCUCAGGCGAAGAGCUUCUUCUUCAUCUUGGUAACGUUAGUCUGCUUCGUGCCUCAUCAUAUAUUCAGAGUAUAUUAUAUCCAAAACUAUGACCUUGAUAAAGACCAUAAACUACUCCUAUACAAUGAGGUUUUUUUAGCCUUAACAACAAUGUGCUGCCUGGAUAUGUUGUGCUUCAUAGCAGGAAUAGCCCACUGAACCGUGAACUACC